AUGGCUAUCGCAAUAUCGCAAGCCGUUUUGGCGCAUCGCAAUUCCACCACCACAUUCGGGGUUCCAAAUAGUGAUGCGCAACUCAAAUUCCAUAAUUUCAGGGUAACCGGAAACAUGAUCAGCGGGUAAGUUCGAAAUCUUUCUCUCUUGAAUUUCGCUCAUCCAAUUCUUCUAACUCCCUUUUUCAGUUUGCAUGUUUGUUGUGUAUUGUAAUCCAAUUAAAAUCCCAGAUGAAUGAGAAACUUAUCAAAACUAAUUAUUAAUUUAGGUAAAAUCAAUAAACGACAAAAUUUUUCAGGGCCGCACAACAGCAUAAAAAACGACUGGUACCUUUGCGGCGUACCGAUGCUAUGAGCCAAGCGGAACGCCGCAAUUAUCAAAAUUUGGAAGAUAUUUAUCGAGCUGGAGCACCAGAUAGCUUUCAGGUAUUUUCUGUGUACUUUUGAAAAACAAAGCAAAAUUUUUGUAGCAAAUUGCUGUUGGUGGACUUGAUGAGAAUGGUGAUCCUUUGUUUUUACGAUUAAACAUUGGAGGGACAAGUUUUAUGAUUUUGGUGGAUGCGAUACUCCGCUCAGAAAACACAACAUUUCUUUCCAAGUUUGUGCAACUCACACAUUCUGCUAGAUUGAAAGUUGCUGAUGCUUACAUCAAAAGUGAAGAUGCAUAUUAUUUCCAAAGAUCUCCGACAGCAUUUGAAGCAAUUUUUCAAUAUUAUGCAACUGGUGUAGUUCAUCGACCGUCUGAAGUUUGCCCCGCUUCAUUUCUCGGUGAACUCGAUUUUUGGCGAAUAUCUCAUCAACACGUCGGUUCGUGUUGUGCUGAUGUCAUUCCACAAAAAAGAGAAGAGGAAAAAGAAGAGGAAAAGGUUUUGAAUUAGAAUUAGUGUAUGUAUGAGAAGACAUCGUGUUUUUUUGCAGGUUGAUGACACGACUUUUGAUAAAUUAAUGUUUGGAAAAUUGCGAAGGCGGAUGUGGACAUUUUUAGAAAGACCUGGAUCUUCGAUGCAAGCGAAAGCUUUUGAAUUAUCUUCUACUUUGUUUGUUGCGAUUUCAGUAAUGGGACUUAGUUUUGGAACUAUUCCAGAUUUUCAGGUAUUCCUAUAUACCAAUAUAAAAUCUAUAUUAAUUUUUCUAGAUAACUCAAUAUAUGCCCCCACAAAAUGAGACAAUAGUUUUGCCAAAUGGUACAGUUAUGAUGAUUGAAAAAAUAGAUGAGAUGAAAGUUGAACAUCCUGCAUUUGUAUUUACCGAAAGGAUAUGUAUUGCAUUUUUCACAGUCGAAUAUUGUCUACGGUUUUUUGCGGCUCCUCGAAAACUUCGAUUUGCCUUGAAACCUUUGAAUCUUGUCGAUUUAUUAGCAAUUGUUCCAUUUUAUCUUGAACUUCUUCUAACUUUAUGUGGAGUUGAUGAUCGGAAAUUGAGAGAUUUACGAUGGGCAUUUUUGGUUGUUCGAAUUUUGCGAGUGUUGAGAGUUAUCAGAAUUAUCAAAUUAGGCCGAUUUUCAUCAGGUCUUCAAACAUUUGGUAUGACGUUGCAAAGGUCACAAAAACAACUACAAAUGAUGACAAUUGUGUUGCUUACUGGAGUUGUGUUUUUCUCAACAAUGAUAUACUUUUUGGAAAAAGAUGAAGACGGAACACCAUUUACAAGUAUACCUGCUGCAUAUUGGUGGUGUAUUGUAACAAUGACUACGGUUGGAUAUGGUGAUGCUGUACCAGCUACGACUAGUGAGUUACGAAAAAAAUAUUGAAUUCAAAAAAGUUUUUCAGUGGGUAAAAUAAUUGCGUCAGCCGCAAUUAUGUGCGGUGUUCUUGUUUUGGCUUUGCCUAUCACUAUCAUCGUUGAUAAUUUCAUCAAAGUCGCUCAAGAUGAACAACAAGCUGAACAACAAAAAAUCGAUCAAUCUACAGAACAUUUGGCUUUUGAAGCAAUGUUAGCUCAUGAAGAUUAG